UGAGGGCUGCCAUUUUGCUUCCAAGGGGCUCCUGGGUAGUCUCUUUCUCUUUCAUAUUGAAGAGCUCUUCAGAACUUCACAAUGGCGUCUAACAUUCUGGCCACCCGUCUACUCUCAGGCAUUCUUUUUGCACUUGCACUCUUAUACUUCUGCCAGGGAAGUCGUGCGGCUCCAGCACCACAUGAAUAUUCGGCUGAUGAACACUUCCUCCUGGAAAAUGCGACCCUUCCGCUACAUCCCCGAGAAGUUCACCAUGCGGAAAACACACUUCAUUUUCUAUCGAAACGUGUUCCUCCCAAGACUGUGGAACAGGGUGCUCGAAUGGCGGAGUCCGAGCUACUAUGUCAUUUUGGAUCCGAUAAUGCUCCCCCCCAAAUGCAAUUCACAGAGGAACAUUUGAGAAGAUGGUAUUCGACAGGAAAUUACUACGGUGAACUUGAUGCGCCACCAGAUGGAAUCUCCUAUACUGGCCAUACCCUUGCGAAGGAGAUGGAUGCCUUAAAACUCCCGACGAAACUCGGAGACCGCGGGCUACAAAAGUUUCACUGGGUGCAGGAUCAGGAAUUUGAGUUCAAGGGCAAAUUAUAUGAAGAUGGAACAGACGGAUUCUAUAAGGGUGUAAUGAGUGUCGAGAGAGGCUUCAUCUCAGCAGAGGACAACGACAAUCCUCGACAGGACGUUGAUGACCCUUAUCCACCCCUUUACAGAAUGUCGGACGUCUACUUCCUUGAAUGGCAGAGACAGGCCGGUCAGAGCAACAAAGUCAAGAAACUCAGGUAUUUUCUUCGGUACCACAUCGUAAACCCGGAUACUCUGGCUAUCAUCAAGGAGAUUACGGAUAACUAUGCAACUCUUAAGGAAUGGCCAGGAACCGAGUUCGCGAUUUAUAAAAGGGUGAAAGGCCAGGUUGAAGGUACCGAUGAAGGCAAGGCACUUUUGAGGACUCCCAAUGGGGUGGCGAUCGCUCAUUUCCUUCUCACCAACAAGAGAGUGAUGGGUAAGAGGAUUCCGGAUUCAGUGAGACUCUGGAAGACUCAGGACGGGCAGAACAUGUGGGCUCAUAUGAUAUUUCAUAUUGUCGAGUACAAGGGUAUCUAAGUAGUCUGUCUAUAUACUAGGCAUACCAGUAGGGGAUGUGCUUUGUCG